AAAACGGCCACAUUGGUCACUUCCUGGAUGUGAGAGCAGAUGAGGAAACGGCAAAGGAAUAUGGUUAUCUUUCAUGCUGUUCUGAAACAUUAAAUAAAGCUGGACUUUAACUGGAUUGCGGUACACCCAGCAAAGGAUGCAGGGUGCAAUUGCACGGGUUUGCAUGGUGGUAGCAGCUGCUAUCCUCAACCACCCACUGCUCUUCCCCAAUGAAAAUACCACCAUCCCUGAGCAAGAUGAUGAUCUCCUGGCCAGAAUGAAAGAGCACCAGGAAAAACUUGAGGCUGAACAGGAGCGUCUGGAACAGGAGAUCUCUAAGGCAGAACAAGCUCUGACUAGUGAUCAGGACAUUUAUGGCUGGUAUUUCUGGAGUGCCCUUUGCCUUGUCAUUUUCUUGACAAUUGAGGUUUGCAGGCAAGAUAUAGUCCAUGUGGAAAUUCCUGAGCCUGUUGAAGAUGAUGAUGGAGAUUCUAGUGCUGGAUAUCUCAGUGCUAAGGUUGUAGCCUUAGAUAACGGAAUCCUGAAUAACUUCUGUAGGACCCGCUUCCAUCCUUACGCCCAUGAGAGUGGAAGAGUACGGGUAUUUGUUGAGGGCUUUGCAGAUGAUUUGCUUGAGGCUUUGAGAAGUGUUUGUGAUCGAGAGGCUGACUUGGAGGUUGAGGAUUUUGUUGGUAUAGGCAGUGUAUUUGAGUCCUGGAGAGCGUGUAAGCCUCUGACGUGUGACAUCAUUGUGCCCUUUGCUCCCCCUCAGCCAUACAGGUUCCAGUUUCAGCUCUGGUGUGACCCCUCCAUUGAUAUCCCACUAGAUCUUCAAGGAUGUGGAACGAUUGAACUAAUAAAGCCAAAUGGAGACUGUCUUUGUGGCUCAACAAAUCUCGGUGAUGACAUGCUGUGUCUGCUUCACAAUAGAAAUGACUGUGAUAUGCUUGGUGAAGUCGCAUUGGAGGAGCUCCACUGUGCAAGGGACACUGCAUAUUUGUCGAAAGAUCAGAUCAUGAGAUGGUUCCAGAUCUCAGUGACAAAAGCAUGGGGACAGAUCUCUCAUAAGUAUGAGUUUGAGCUGGCCUUUCGGAACCUUGACUUUCCUGGAGCACUGCAAAUCAGAUUUAGGUCUGGAAAGACUGUCGUUCUUAAUGUUACACCAGCUUUUCAGGUUGAAGACACCGAUGCAUACCUAAUCUCUCAUUUCCCCUCUGAUACCAGUAACUCCUCAGACACUCACUGGCAACUAUCACUCACAGUUUAUGAAAAGAAUCUUCUCAAACACUUCACUAAAAAACUUCCUACAAAUUCUUGUCACAUUCACUGUCUUCAGAUAUUGUCUUUCUUGCACAAAAAGCAGACCGCUUUGACUGGGAUAUGUGCCCUUACAAAUUAUCAUAUUAAGACUGCACUUCUACAUCUGCUACUGUGUAAACCUUCUUCAAUGUGGAAGCCGCAGCAUCUCAAUAACAGAUUACAGGAUUUGCUCAGUUUCCUUCAGAAAAGCCUGGAGGAAAAGAGACUCUAUCAUGUCAUUGUCGGGAACCCUUGCAUCCCAAUUGAAAUUCAGAUUCCCAUAAUAUUUUGUAUGGCAGAGCCACUAAACCUAUUUAGGCCUCUUGUGUUACAGAGGCAAAUAUACACCAGAAUGGUGGAGCAUUUUAAGGAGAUGGUCAGAAAUACCUCUGUGCUUGUUCAAGAAUAUACUCCUCACUUUCCAAAUGGUCACACGGCCCAUGAACUCAACAGCUCAGAUGUAGGUUGACUCAUGGCUCUGAUGGGAUUUACUGGUUGAGUAAACUGGUUUUGAGUGCUGGGGAUUUGUAAAACCUAAUAACAUGAUUACGUUUUGCACUUUGAAUGUAAAUUGCAUGUUAAAGAAAUAUUCCAUGUUCAAUUCAAGUUUAGCUCAAUCGACAACUUUUGUGUCAUUAUGUUGAUUACCACAAAUUUGUUUAUUUUCUCCCCUUUUCUCCCUAAUUUGGAAUGCCCAAUUCCCAAUGUGCUCUUAGUACUUGUGAUGGCAUAGUGACUCCGGGUGGCUGAGGAUGAAUCUCAGUUGCCUCUGCGUCUGAGGCAGUCAAUCCGUGCAUUUUAUCACGUGGCUUGUUGAGCAAAUUACCGUGUAGACAUAGCACGUGUGGAGGCUCACGCUAUUCUCCGCGGCAUCCAUGCACAACUCACAAUGUGCCCCACUGAGAGCAAGAACCACAUUAUAGCGACCACGAGGAGGUUGCAACAUGUGACUCUACCCUCCCUAGCAACCGGGCCAAUUUGGUUGCUUAGGAGACCUAGCUUUUUAUAAAAUUAUAAGCUUCACAUUUCCGCCUUUAGUCUAAACCCUCCAAAAAUUGGCCUCACUGUAACUUAGAUUUUUACUGUUUUAAAGAAAAUGAUGGACAAGUUGACAAGUUUUUUUUUUUGUGGUAAUCAACAUUGUCACAAAUGCUGCUCAUUGAGGUUAAUUUGUAUUGAACCAAGAAUAUUCCUUUAUGCACUGACUGUUACUAAUUUAAAACUUGUGUUAUUCAUCAUCUGUGUGUGGCAGCUAAUCAUACAUUUUUUUAUUUUAUUUUUUACUAAGGAACCACAUUAACUACAAAUCAUAAUGAAAUCUUUAAGUCAUGAUAAACAUGUAAACUCUAUAACAUUAAUAUAUUACUUGCCAGUAUUAUCAAGAAUUAUAAUCUUAUGUGUCAGCUGUCAAAUGUCAGCACAUAGCUGACAAAUUUAUUUUUACCCUAAAGAAUCUGGCACUGUCAUACCAAAGAGAUAAGGAACACAUUUGCAUUCAUUUUUGGCAAUCCAUUUCUUAUGAAGCACAAAGCAGUUAUCUGAAUCAUUUGGGGCAGCUGUGGCUCAGGUGGUAGAGCAGGUUGGCCACUAAUUGUAGGGUUGGUGGGUUGAUUCCCGGCCCACAUGCCGAAGUGUCCUUGAGCAAGACACUGAACUCCAAGUUGCUCCCAAUGGCAGGCUAGUGCCUUGCAUGGCAGCUCUGCCAACAUUGGUGUGUGAGUGUGUGUUUGUGAAUGGGUGAAUGAGUCACAGUGUUAAGCGCUUUGAAAACUGAUAAGGUUAUGUAAGAGCAGACCAUUUACAUUUUAUGAAGAAAAUGGGAGUGGUACACUGUAAAAUGUGGUAUCUUGCAAUUGUUAACUUAUGGCGCUAUUUGUACCUGAUUAUCUAACCCUUAAAGGUGCACUCAGUAAUUUUAUUUCCCCUCAUUUAAAAGUUUUACUUCUGAAGAAAUUAAUAGUAAUUUUGAAACCCAUGUUUUAAAUCAUGACCACUCAUGUGAGAUGAAGGGUUUAUACCGGUAAAUACCGAUAAAGGUUUCAUACCGGUAACUUUAUAAAAGCUCUUUAAUUCUAAAUGGGGCAGUGGCACCUCAUGGGGCAGCCAUGAUAUCAUCACAUGACCUGCUGAAUACGACUCUCUUAAUCUCAGUAACUACCCUGUUAUUGGAGACUGGCUUACUGUUUAUAGUGAGUUUCUACAUUGACACUGGUAACUGAAAAAUACAGCGUUUGAAUGAUGCAUCCAGGCCACUAGGUGUCAGUGUAAGCCAAUGUAAGCCACUUUGACAUACUUCAAACUAUUACUGAGUGCACCUUUAAAAUUAGUUUUGUUGGUGUAACCUUGUGUAUCCAGGUUGAUUCAGUGAUGGAUGUAGAUGUUUUCACAUGUAGCAAAUUUUUUAUGUUAACCUUUUUUUCAGUGUACUUGCACUUGCAAAACUUGCUGCCACAAUGCUAGUGUGUUGAGGAUGGUAUCAAGGGCGUUGCUAUGCAGUUGCUUAAGUGUAUUUAGUUUUUUUAGUCUCUAUGAUAUGUUGGUCCAUAGAUGGCUUUGGUUUCUCCAGUCUAAAAGGGGUUGUGUUUUCAAACAUCCACGUUCUUACGCCGAUUAUGCUAAAUAACCCAACAACGUGUGUUCGGUGUAAGGUCAUAAAUGCCAUAAGAAUAAACUGAUCAACAUGGUAGAUUGACCAUUUACACGAUUCAGCGUUUUAAACACUUUUACCAACAUUCUUUCUGGCAAGUGUUGUGCACAUGCCUCUUCACAAUCUGAUGUCAAAAGCAGAGAAUAAAUAGAUUAUAUCAAAUCUCAUGUAAAUGUAGGUUUCUUGCUUUUUCAGAUUUUCAGCAGUUAUUAGCAUAUUGGCGUGCAACUAAACUGAUAAAUUUAAGAAAAAUAUUGCU